AAGCUCCUCAAUUGGAAGAGAGAGAGAGAGAAAAAACGAAGAGAGAGAAACAAGAGAGAGAGAGAGAGAGAGAGAGAGAGAGAGAGAAAGCGCCCUCGCCGUGCUCUCCCUCCCGUUGGAUCAUCAGAUCCCCUCCGCCUCCGCAUCCGCAUUACUGGUGAUUUUGCACAAAGCCCCCUCGUAUUUACUUUUAUUACCGAUCCCUCCAUUUUAUAGGGGCCUCUCCGAUACACCACCUCCCCUACACCCUCCCUCCGCGGCACCGCCGCCGCCUCCCUCCGAUCGGGAGCCCUAGCCCUAACCCUAACCCUAGCACCCCUCGCCUCCAUGUCCGCCGCCCCCGCCUCCUCGCCGCCGCAGGACGCGGCGAUCCCCGCGCCGCACGCGUCCGAUCGCGCGGCUCCGGCUCCCGCGGCGGAGAGCGCCGGCGAUCCCGCUCGGAGGCCGACGUUCGACGGCGCGGAGGACGGGAUCGGCGGCGCCAGGGGGCGGCGAUCGGCGUGGAACAUUUCGUCGAACGGGUUGAGCGAGGUGGGCGCCGUGAUGGGAGCCGUCUCUUGGCCGGCGCUCUCUGAGUCCGCUAGGGCUUCUCCUAAGCUCUCCUCUUCCGAUUCCCUCAAAUCCCUCUCCGAUGGAUCGAUCUCCGCUCCCCCGGGGCCUGCAAUCACACCUCCUCCUCCUAAGCAGAACAUGAAUAAUCCAAACCCUAGUUCUACUCCCAGUCCUGCUAGUACUUCACGCCAGAAACAUAACCCUAAUCACUCAAAUCCGAUAGGGAGGGGUGGUGGUGGUGGUGGAGGUGGAGGUGGAGGUGGAGGUGGAGGUGGAGGUGGCAAUUUGGCCAAUGGGGGAUCCCCGCCCCCGCCACCACCGCCGCCCCAUCCGCAGCCCACUAUGGAAGAGGCAUCGCAGCAGACGGCGAGAAACUUUCGGAAUAGGAGCAAUAAUAGUUCGGAUCAUGGCCCUCGGGGGGGUGGUGGCUCCGCGAUUUACCCCCACGGAGGUGUUGAUAAUCACCAUUCCAGGGGCAAUCGGAGGGGCCAUAAUGGUGGUGGUGGAGGGUUUGGGAACCGGCGGAAUUAUAGUUACAGAGAUGCACAACCAAUGCCGCCGCCUCACCUGCAGCACGGCCCCCCGCCUCCUUUCCUGAGGCCGCCUCCACCUCCGCCACCUCCGCCACCCUUUAUGGGCUUUCCUCCACAAGUCCGGUCUUUUAUCAGCCCGAUGGGCUUUCCUGAAAUUCAUUCUCCUAUGUAUUAUAUCCCACCAUACCCGCCGUUUGAGUCGUAUAAAAACAUCGGUUAUGUUGCUCAUCAAGUGCCACCGGUCAUGGGCCCUACGGUGGUUGUUACCCCAGAAGAUCAUCAGCAUGCUUUAAUGAAGCAAAUAGAAUACUAUUUUAGUUCUGAGAAUUUGUGUAGAGACUUAUACUUGCGGCAAAAAAUGGAUGAUCACGGAUGGGUUCCCAUCUCUCUUAUUGCUAACUUCAAUCGAGUCAAGCAAUUAGCAACCAAUCUGUCAUACAUACUGGAUACCAUAAGAGGCUCAGAUAUUCUGGAAGUAGAGGGUGAGAAAAUAAGGAGGCGAAACGAUUGGAUGAAUUGGAUACUACCGCCAUCAUCAAAUCCUUAUGGUUCUACUUCGCGGUCUCAGUCUCCGACGCCAUCGAAUUAUGACCUUGCUGGACACUUGCAAAGUGUUGGUCUGGAAGAGGGGGCUCGGAACGCAAGCAGCUCAACAAACCAAGUUCAAGUUCUUACUGGUGUAUCUUCAAGAGGAUCGACACAUAGGACCAUAAGCAGUGGGCCGCAUGUUGGUGAGUCGAAUUGAGCGGAAAGUGGCGAUGCGACUGAGUCUAAAGAUCAGAUUGGAAAAUGGGGAUAAGCUUAAGAUAGAAGCUGUUAUUGCCCAGGCCGACUUCCGGAGGGAGGGAGGACUUUGUGGGAAAGUCUUUGCCUUUCUUAGAUUCAAAAAGUUAGUCCUCAAUAGAAGCCAAAAAAAAAAAAAAAAAAAAAA